AUGGAGCAACGGGAGAAGCCGCAGGGCGUGGUGGCUACGAGAGACCCCCUGCAUCCGCAGCAAUCGGCGCCGGUGCUGUGGUUCGUGCAGCACUGCUGGCUGCUCACCUGGGCGGCCUACUUGCCAGAUCGCCCCGAGCGGACAGAGCUGCAAUGGGCGAAGAUGGACCUUUGCUUGGCGGUGCUGCACAAGAACGGCGACCGCGUGGAUAUGCCGCCGCCCCACGACCUGGCGUUGAGCUUGUUGGCGGCGGCUUGUGCGCGAUGCGGUGCGCAGCGGGUGGACUUGGCGCGACGGCUCUUCGCCUGGAUGAAGGCCAGGCAACUGGGGGCGGCCACCCACCCGCAGAGCACCUCGGUGUUCUUCGAGCGCUUCGUGCAGCUGUGCGCAUCGGACACCCGCGAGAACAAGGUGCAUGCGCAGGAGAUGCCCAAGCCAGGACCCGGGGAAGUCGUGCACGCGCGCGCUUCACGUGCAGGCAGCAACUUCCGACAUUCCACCCCAGAGGAGCAGGCCGACGAUUUGCUAUUGGAGGACCUCGCCGCACGCCCCAGGGUGCCUUUGCAGAUUGCGGACUGCGCGCCCAAGGCGACGCUCAUGUUCCGCGGCCAGUGCGCACAUUGCAAAGGUGAGUUAAGCCUCUCCUCCAUCUUCGCCCAGUGGAUGCGACCUGGUGCGGAGGACUCCAGCGCCGUGCAGUGCCCCCACUGCCGAUACUCGUCCUUGGUGAAGCUGCACGUGACUGGGGACGCACAUAUCGAGGGCAGAACCGUGGAGGUUGACCUGCUUCACCCGAAGAGGCUGGCCUUGGCUCUGCGAGGCCAGCUGGACGCGCGCGCCAGCCGCUCCAAGGAGACGCUGGGGCCCGGCUGGCUCACCAGCCUGGCUACGGAGUGCCCGGUGCUGUGGACCAACUUGGUGUGGUACUUCCGCAGCCACACGCUCUUCUCCGAGCACCUGCUGACAACCUUGCAGCCAGAGAAGGCGGACCUAGGCGCCCGCCAGCCCGACAAGACGGUGGUUACCCUCCAUGGCGGUCCCCUCGAGGAUCGCCGGCCUUCGAGCACAACGGACGUGGAAAACAACUUGUCGGACACGCUGCAGUGCCAGCCCGGAGACGUCAUGGCCACCUUCUCCUCCGUACAAGGCCACAGCCGAAAGAACUCCCUUACGAGCCGCGAGGGCUCUGUGGGAACCGUGGAGGCUUGGGAUGAUCUCGACCUGGAUCUUCCUUCUGACGGAGGCAGACGCUGGAGCCUAGGGCCGACAGACAGCAUGGAACUGCGACCGCGCAGCUGCAGCAAGGAGCUGCAACUGGAUCACAAGGAGGUUGUUACGCCAGAGGCUCUCCUCAUGGAGAGAGAGGAUCUGUUGGCGCAGCUUGCUCGCAGCCGGCAGCUGCUGCAUGAAGUUGCAGAGCAGCGCAGGCAUGAGGAAGCAGCAUCAGCUGCAAGGCAGGCGCUGCAAGUGGUGUACAACAAGGCAGUGGAUGUGGCUUCACCGGCUUCGGCACCAGUCACGUGCCCUCCGGGCUUCAUUCAGAUCGAGGCAUCCGAGUUUGCACGCCUCGUCGCGGAUGCGGCAGUGGCCAAGUCGGUGGCAUCUGGACUCUGCAGGCUCUUGGAGAGGCCGGUAGAACCCUCGGCACUCCGUCAGUGGAUCCAGGCGAAACCAGACCGGCUGAGCGAAGAGUGCGACAGGUCGGACACGAGCGGCUUUCGCAGCCCGGUUUUCGUCUUCAGCCCGGGCCAGGCCUCCCAGGCAGAGGAGCCGGCGCAGCCGUUGCGUUUCCGCAAGAUCACGCCUGUCUGGGACGAGGAGAGUGUGGAAUCCGGCAAGGUCCUUGAGCCUUUGAGCCCCCAAGCUGAGAUGGACUCAGAGCUGCAGGAGCCCAAGUCCAAGCCACCUGAAGCGGCCGAACUGGAUCUGAAGCUGGAUCCGGAUGUACAAGCUCGCGUGGAUCGGAGACACUCCAUUUGGGAAGUGCGUCGGAAGCGCCGGGUCUUAAGGGCUUGGCGCUUGCUUUGGACGGCCUCGGACAAGGAAGAUGACUUGAGUGAAACGGCCGACCCUCUCAUGCCCUCGGCCGAAGAGUUCGAGGCCUUCGUCCACGGACCCACCGAUUGGUCAGAUGACUCUGGUGAGGUCAAGCCGGAGAAACCGAGUCCUCCAGCAUCUCCUGCCAGCUACAUGGAGAGCCACGAGCCGGAGGAGACCAGGCCUCAGCAAAUUUCCACCAGCACCAUGGAGCUGGGACAGGAGCAGCCAAGCCCUUCCGUGUCUCCAUGUGUCAGCUACCAGGUGCCAGAGGAGAAGCCAAAGCCGCGUGUGCCGCCAAUCACCAGCGACAAAUUGGACAGCGUCGCAGACGCGGAAGAGGAGGCGGUCAACGUGGUGCGCACUGGUACGGUGUCCCGCAGCUCGCUUUGGGGCCUGCCGGGGCCGACGCCCCGGGACAUCGCGGCGUCAGAGGCCCCGCAGCGCAGCAAGAGCUGCCCGCCGGAGCGCCGGGCGCGAGGACUGCGAAGGCGGCUCGUGCCCUUGGUCAUCUCAACAGGCUUGGCCACUGCGCCGAACUCCAACAUCCCCUCGCCGAACUCGGUGUUCCCCACGCCUUUGCUGCCACGCGAGCGACCGCAGUCCUCCCGCACGCGGGGCUCGCAAGAGACCCGGGGCCGUGACCGCCGCAGCAGAUCCGUGACCGCAGCUACCGCUUGGUAG